GGAGAAGCAAUCCGGUUGCCUGGUUUCACGCCCGAGUAUAUGUAUAAAAGGAUAAAAUUUUCGGUGAUAGUUACCACUCAACUCUCUUCACAACAGCGCUCAUCAUCCUUCUCUACAAUCAACAGUGCCUGCUGCUCGUCGACCAUUUUACGACCAACAGUGCCGUUCGUUCUUCGCAUUCAGUGCUCUGCUCGUCGACAACUUCGUUGCAAUGUCAGUCCGUCCCAGGGAAGGCGAUCUGAAUGUCCGCGCAGGCUUCAUCUUCGAGUCGGAGAGGUACAACUACAAGCUGGAGGAGCUGAUUGGCGAUGGUGGUUAUGGACAAGUGUAUGAGGCCGACGCCAUCUCAAAGGGAAAAAAGCAGGACACAAAGCGACUCGCGGUCAAGCUGGAGCGACGUUCAGGAGCAACCGACAUCGAGGCCCGCGUGCUCGAAACAGCAAAGGAUAAGAACUGCCGCCACAUUCCAAAGAUUUUUGACAAUGGGGUCAUUCAAAGUCGAGGCUGCUCAUUCAUUGCGAUGGAGCUUAAGGGACGCGACCUGUACAGACUGCGGAAGGACCGGAACAAUGGCAGUUUCACACUCGGGACAGCAGUGCGUGUUGCUCUUGUCACUCUUGAGGCCAUCAGGGAACUCCAUGAAGUAUGCGGCUUCAUUUCAAGGGAUAUCAAGGCGGGGAAUUUUGUCACAGGACAAACGACAAGCGACGAUAUACGCAACAUCUAUCUGAUUGACUUCGGCCUCUGUCGGAGGUACAAGGACGCGAAUAACAACAUCAUCGCAGCCAGACAGGAUGUUGGAUGGAGAGGGACGACUCGAUAUGGCUCGCGGAGUGCUCAUCAACACCAGGACUUGGCGCGGAGGGAUGACGUCGAGAGCUGGUUCUACAUGAUCGUUGAGAUGACAAAGGGAUCACUCCCAUGGUCAGCGGAGAGAGAUCGGGCCGCAGUCUACAACGCAAAACUGGCAGCACUCAGCAACCUGGACGACUUCCUUAACGGCUGCCCUCAAGGCUACAGGGAGCUGAUUGGUCCCAUCAUCAAACUCAAAUUCGAGGAUGCACCUGCCUACAAGGAGAUGGCCAGGGUGCUUGAGAGGGUAAUUUAUGGGUCAAAUAAUCAGUUUCUUAAUUCAUUUUGCAGAUAA